CUUCGCUACUCUUUUUUAUGCAAUCGCGGCCUUUGCUUUCUGAUCACACGGGCUCUUCUCCAAUGUCCGCAGAGCGAAACUUCCAAGCGCUCAACAGCCACGACGACGAUGUCGAGUUGAGGGAUCCGCUGAGCCACUCGCGCGCUUCUGCGGCCGCUGCCGAUGUCGAAGCGCAGCCGGUCUACGACCGUAACGACCCUAUCGAGAAGGGCAAGCGCCGCAAAAUUCUAAUCCGCGCCGUGCUUGGUGAGCUGGUCUGCACAACCAUCUUUUUGUUCACAGUCAUGGCUGCGGGCCUCAACUACGGCACGGGCGGCCCCGUCGCCGCUGCAACUGGCAGCCUGAUGGGCGCCAUUGUCACUGGAUUUUGCGCUGUCGCCAUCAUUUACGCCUUUGCCGACGUGUCUGGUGCUCAUUUCAAUCCCGCCGUUACGUUUGCCACCCUCGUUACUCAAAAGACCUCGCCAUUCAAGAGCGGUCUGUACUGGGCUGCUCAGAUCCUCGCCUCGAUUAUCGCUAGCGCGCUUCUUGUCGCCCUUUUCCCCUACGAAAAUGCUGCUGCUCACGUCGUCGUGACUGUGCCAGACGGCGUCAACCUGAUCCAGGCCCUGUUGAUGGAGUUUAUCCUGACCUUCAUCCUGGUCUACGUCAUUUUCGCCACUGCUUUCGAAACCGUCGACAGCAACAACGUCAAGGUGGUGACUGACAAGGACGACACCAAGGGCACUGGUGCCAAGAACCUGACCAUUUACACGACGACCGGCAACACCAAGGCCGGUUUCGCCCCGUUGGCCAUCGGUCUCACUCUCGGUUUCCUCUGCCUGCUCGGCGGCUCUGUUUCCGGCGGUGCUUUCAACCCCGCCCGUACUCUUGGCCCCGCCAUUGUUAGCUGGACCUGGACCGACCAAUGGGUCUACUGGCUUGGCGAUUUCCUUGGCGCUGCUGUUGCCGGCUUGAUUCAGCAAUUCUUUGCGCACGCUGCUGUUAUGCAGUAAAACAAACUGCGAGUUUUGCGCGAGUUUGCUCUGUUUUUUUUCUGUCUUUUUGUUUUCUUAGCCUCUUUUUCUUCUUUGUCGUCGUCGCUUCCACACACCCCCCCCAACACUCGGAAUCGGGACAGUUGUUGUUUGGUUGAGCAUUUGUUUAAUUUUUUUUUUGAAAAAAACUCUCUUUCUCCUACGA